AUGAUACCCUAUGGAGAGAGGUUAGGGGGCCCGGCUGUUUCCCCUCUCCCUGUCCGUGGCGGGCACAUGAUGCAUGGGAAGGCCUUUGCCUAUGUUCCAAGCCCACAGGUCCUACACAGGAUCUCGGGCACUUCUGCCUAUGGCUUCCCCAGUCUGGGCCCUGUGGCCCUGGCUGAUCACGGCUGUCCCUUUGGGGAGGUUCUGGAGCGUCAUGACCCGAUACCAGCCAAGUUGGCCUUGGAUGAAGGGCAUCAGCCAGAGCCUGGGUGGCCCCAGAAGCUGCACAGGGUUGUGGUGAACACCCUCAAGGUCCCUUUGAUGCUCGUGUUCCUGUACCUCUUUGUCUGCUCCUUGGACGUGCUCAGUUCUGCCUUCCAGCUAGCAGGAGGGAAAGUGGCCGGUGACAUCUUUAAGGACAAUGCCAUCUUGUCCAACCCAGUGGCAGGGCUGGUGGUGGGCAUCCUGGUGACCGUGUUGGUCCAGAGCUCCAGCACCUCCACGUCCAUCAUUGUCAGCAUGGUCUCCUCUGGUUUGCUGGAGGUGAGCUCCGCCAUCCCCAUCAUCAUGGGCUCCAACAUCGGCACGUCCGUCACCAACACCAUCGUGGCGCUCAUGCAGGCGGGCGACCGGACGGACUUCCGGCGGGCCUUCGCAGGGGCCACGGUGCACGACUGCUUCAACUGGCUGUCGGUCCUCGUCCUGCUGCCCUUGGAGGCUGCUACGGGCUACCUGCACCACAUCACCCGCAUCGUGGUGGCCUCCUUUAACAUUCGAGGUGGCCAAGAUGCCCCGGAUCUGCUCAAGAUCAUCACGGAGCCCUUCACGAAGCUCAUCAUACAGCUGGACAAGUCUGUGAUCACCAGCAUCGCCAUAGGUGAUGAGUCCCUGAGGAACCACAGUCUCAUCAGAAUCUGGUGUACCCCGGACAAACCAGAGGCUCCUAUGCUUGUGUCCCAGGCUGUGGCCAACUCCAGCCAGACUCUGGGAAACACUACCAUGGAGAAAUGCCACCACAUCUUUGUGGACACAGGGCUGCCUGACCUGGCCGUGGGGCUGAUCCUGCUGGCCGGCUCCCUGGUGCUGCUUUGUACCUGCCUCAUUCUCCUGGUCAAGAUGCUCAAUUCCCUGCUCAAGGGUCAGGUGGCUAAGGUCAUCCAAAAGGUCAUCAACACCGACUUCCCUGCUCCCUUCACUUGGGCCACUGGUUACUUUGCCAUGGUUGUGGGUGCCAGCAUGACCUUCGUGGUGCAAAGCAGCUCCGUGUUCACCUCAGCCAUCACCCCUCUCAUUGGCCUGGGUGUGAUCAGUAUCGAACGAGCCUACCCGCUCACCCUGGGCUCCAACAUCGGCACCACCACCACCGCCAUCCUGGCAGCCCUGGCCAGCCCCAAGGAGAAGCUGUCCAGUGCCUUCCAGAUCGCCCUCUGCCACUUCUUCUUCAACAUCUCGGGCAUCCUGCUGUGGUACCCGCUGCCCUGCCUGCGCCUGCCCAUCCGCAUGGCCAAAGCGCUGGGCAAGCGCACGGCCAAGUACCGCUGGUUCGCCGUCCUUUACCUGCUCCUGUGCUUCCUGCUGCUGCCCUCGCUGGUGUUCGGCCUCUCCAUGGCGGGCUGGCGGGCCAUGGUGGGCGUGGGCGCCCCCUUCGCAGCGCUGCUGGCCUUCGUGGCCCUGGUCAGCUGCCUGCAGAGCCGCGACCCCGGGCGCCUGCCCAAGUGGCUGCAGACCUGGGACUUCCUGCCCCGCUGGAUGCACUCCUUGCAGCCCCUGGACCGCCUCAUCACCCGCGCCACCCUCUGCUGCGCGCGGCCCGAGCCCCGCUCGCCUCCGCGGCCCGCCAGGGUCUUCCUGGAGGAGCUGCCCCCCGCCACCCCCUCCCCGCGCCUGGCGCUGCCCGCUCGGCACAGCGCCGGUGCCACGCGCCUCUAG